CCAUCAUGCGGAAGAGGUGUCAUCGGGCGCCAUUUUUAAUACACUCGAACUGAGCUAGCAAGAUAGCAUUAGCUGCUUCUAAGCUGAAACUUUGAAAUACGAAUUGUCACCCAAAAUUAAACCGCCACUUCAUCAUACAAGAAAAUGAAUGUAGUGGAUCAUGUUCGAGAAAUGGCCGCCGCUGGUCUCCACUCCAACGUCCGUAUAUUGAGCAGCUUGUUGUUGACGAUGAGUAAUAACAGCCCAGAGCUUUUCUCACCUGCUCAAAAGUACCAGCUGUUGGUUUACCAUGCCGAUGCCAUCUUCCACGAUAAAGAGUAUCGGAAUGCGGCCUGUAAAUACAGCAUGGCACUGCAACAGAAGAAGGUGCUCAGCAAGACAUCCAAAGUUCGUACCUCUGCUGGUGGAGCGGCGGCAAACCUUCAGGCACAGAGCCUACCUUCAGAGAUUGAAGUAAAGUACAAGAUAGCAGAAUGUUAUACUAUUUUGAAACUGGAUAAAGAUGCCAUUGCAGUGCUUGAUGGGAUUCCCUCUCGACAGAGGACUCCAAAGAUCAACAUGAUGCUAGCCAACCUUUACAGGAAAGCUGGCCAGGAACGCUCUGCAGUGACGAGCUACAAAGAAGUCCUCCGACAGUGCCCCCUCGCCUUAGAUGCAAUUAUUGGCCUUCUCUCUUUAUCAGUCAAAGGGGCUGAAGUAGCGUCCAUGACCUUGGAUGUGAUCCAGAGUGUCCCCAACCUGGACUGGCUUUCCGUUUGGAUCAAGGCAUAUGCCUUUAUACAUGCAGGUGACAAUCAAAGGGCCAUCAACACCAUUUGUUCUCUGGAGAAGAAGUCUCUGUUGCGGGACAACGUGGACCUCCUGGUGAGCCUGGCAGACGUCUACUUCAGGGCAGGUGACACAAAAAAUGCCAUCCUCAAAUUUGAACAAGCCCAGAUGCUGGACCCGUAUCUCAUCAAAGGGAUGGAUGUGUAUGGCUACCUGUGGGCCCGAGAAGGACACCUGGAAGAUGUUGAGGUCCUCGGCGGACGUCUGUUCAAUAUCUCUGACCAACAUGCGGAACCUUGGGUGAUUUCGGGCUGUCACAGCUUCUACAGUAAGCGUUACUCCAGAGCGCUGUACCUGGGAGCCAAGGCCAUUCAGUUGAACAGCAACAGUGUGCAGGCCCUCCUCCUGAAGGGGGCAGCGUUGAGAAACAUGGGCCGCGUCCAGGAAGCCAUCAUCCAUUUCAGAGAGGCCAUGCGCUUGGCGCCCUGCCGCCUCGACUGUUACGAAGGUCUGAUUGAUUGUUACCUGGCAUCCAAUGGGAUCAGAGAGGCUAUGGGGAUGGCCAAUAACAUCUACAAGACCCUGGGGGCUAACGCUCAGACCUUGACCAUUCUUGCCACCGUGUGCCUGGAGGACCCCGUAACACAGGAGAAAGCCAAAACCUUGCUGGACAAAGCGCUGGCUCAGAGGCCCGACUACACUAAGGCUGUGGUCAAAAAAGCUGAGCUGCUGAGUCGUGAGCAGAAAUAUGAAGAAGGGAUCGCGCUGCUUCGAAAUGCUUUGGCCAAUCAGAGCGACUGCGUGCUGCACAGGAUGCUUGGAGAUUUCUUGGUGGCCGUCAAUGACUACCAGGAGGCUAUGGAUCAGUACAGCAUUGCGCUCAGUCUGGACCCCAAUGAUCAGAAGUCCCUAGAAGGCAUGCAGAAGAUGGAGAAAGAGGAGAGUCCCACAGACGCCACCGUGGAGCUGGAUGGCGAUGACAUGGAGGGCAGCGGGGAAGACGGUGACCUGGAGGGCAGUGACAGUGAAGCCGCCCAGUGGGCCGACCAGGAACAGUGGUUUAGUAUGCAGUAGAGAGGCUGACGCGAUCGGUACCACCUCUUGAGCUUGCGGACUGCAAGAGGCCGUCGGUCACCACAGCAUAGAGCUGUGGGCCUUCAUGCUUUCCUGAUCAAAUGACUGAUCAAAUCAGGAUCACCUCAGCCUAAACUAUGGACUGACCUCAGUGUUUUCUGAAUUGUUUGCUCAUUUGUCACGACUCUCUUGACAAGAGCCCAUACUUGCCCACCAAAACUAGAGGUAUUUAGUUUUAUUCUGGAAAGAUUAACAUUUCUGCUCAUUAUUUUAUCCUUGGUAUAGUGAAAUAAAGCAUACAUUGUCAACUUGUUGAAACGUCAGCUGAAGCCGUGGUCAGGAUGCUUUACAACAGGGCUAAGACUUGCUUUUAGUGUGUGACUGACUGAUUAGGAAUGAUGACAUAUUUGAAUACAUAAUAUACGAUAACUCAAAAAGGCCAUUACACAUGUCGUGUUUUGAUGUGUAAAGUCUGUUUGUAUCACAUGUUGGAAUGCAUAAUGUAAACAUCACGUUGUAUUUUGUAAAUAUUUUUUCAAAAUGGACAAUUAAAGCAGCCCCUCUGUUGA